CCUUGUUGCAGUCUUGCAGACUCUGACAGCGUUAGUAGAUAACGUUAUGGCGUAUACAUAGUUAGCUCGCUAUAUAUUCAAAUUUUCGUUUUAAUGCGUAUGUCUGUAGCUAGAAAGAUACGUUUUUAAAUUGCAGGAUAAGGAUCAGGAUAGCCAAUAUGAAUCUUGAGAGGCUGCGAAAACGUGUACGGCAGUAUAUCGAUCAGCAAGAAUAUCAAAGUGCCCUGUUUUUUGCAGACAAAAUAGCAUCUUUGUCACAUGAAGACCCGCAGGACAUCUAUUGGCUGGCCCAGUGCCUUUAUCUCACGUCGCAGUAUCACCGAGCCUCUCACGCGCUCCGGUCACGCAAGCUGGACAAGUCGUAUACGGCCUGUCAAUAUCUUGCUGCUAAAUGCCAUUAUGCUGCCAAAGAGUACCAACAAGCUCUGGAUAUCCUGGACAUGGAGGAACCCGCAAGCAAGAGGCUGCUGGACAAAAGUGUGAAGGAGGACAGUGAGAUCAAAGAGGCCAGCAAGGACUGGGGGAUGUCCACUGCGUCUAUCAACAGCUUCAUCUGUCUGCUGCGAGGAAAGGUCUAUGACGCCAUGGACAACCGGCCCCUGGCCACGUCCAGCUACAAAGAGGCCCUGAAGCUGAACGUCUUCUGCUUCGAGGCUUUCGACCUUUUAACGUCCCAUCACAUGCUGACCGCCCAGGAAGAAAAAGACUUUCUGGAUUCCCUUCCGCUCAGUGAACAGUGCACAGAGGAGGAACAGGAGCUCCUCCGGUUCCUGUUUGAGAACAGGUUAAAGAAGUACAACAAGCCCAGCAAGGUUGUUGUCCCGGACACAGUCAGCGGCCUGCAGGACAACUUGGACGUCGUUGUCUCCCAAGCAGAGAGGCACUACUACAACUGUGACUUCAAAAUGUGCUACAAGCUCACGUCCAUGGUUAUGGUGAAAGAUCCAUUCCAUGCUAACUGUCUACCUGUGCACAUAGGAACACUGGUUGAGCUUAGCAAAGCAAAUGAACUCUUUUACCUCUCUCAUAAAUUGGUGGAUUUGUACCCAAAUAGUCCUGUGUCCUGGUUUGCAGUGGGAUGCUACUAUUUAAUGGUUGGCCAUAAAAAUGAACAUGCACGUAGAUAUCUCAGCAAAGCCACCACUCUGGACAGGACGUACGGGCCGGCCUGGAUCGCCUACGGACACUCCUUCGCCGUGGAGAGCGAGCACGAUCAGGCCAUGGCCGCGUACUUCACUGCCGCUCAGCUCAUGAAAGGGUGCCACCUCCCCAUGCUGUACAUCGGGCUGGAGUACGGCCUGACCAACAACUCCAAGCUGGCCGAGCGCUUCUUCAGCCAGGCCCUGAGCAUCGCUCCGGAGGACCCCUUCGUCAUCCACGAGGUGGCGGUGGUGGCCUUCCAGAACGGAGACUGGAAAACGGCAGAGAAGCUAUUUCUGGACGCUAUGGAGAAAAUGAAAGCGAUUGGAUACGAGGUUACUGUGGACAAAUGGGAGCCUUUGUUGAACAACUUGGGUCAUGUGUGUCGAAAGCUAAAGAAGUACGACCAGGCGCUGGAGUACCACCGGCAGGCCCUGGUGCUCAUCCCCCAACACGCCUCCACCUACUCCGCCAUAGGAUAUGUGCACAGCCUUAUGGGGGAUUUUGAGAACGCCAUCGACUACUUUCACACGGCACUUGGUCUCAAGCGGGACGAUACCUUUUCUGUGACCAUGCUCGGCCACUGUAUCGAGAUGUACAUCGGAGAAACCGAUGCAUAUAUAGGGACGGACAUUAAGGACAAGCUGCGGGGCGGCCUGAGCACGCCGGCGCUGAUGGAGGUGCUGAACACGUCGGCGGAGGCGGGUGAGAGCCGGACGCAGCCGCUGGAGGAGAGCGGCAUCAUGGCGCUGGAGACGUCCCCCGCCAACCCGGACAAGCCGCCCGAGCCCGCCUUCCCCCGCUCGCUCCCGCCCGAGUGCUUCAUGUUCGAGAGCGACAUGAUGCUGGAGACCUCCAUGUCCGACACCAGCACGUGACGGCCUCGGGGACGGGACGGGACGGGACGGGACGGGCGCGGACAGGAGCCCCGCCCCUGGAGGGGGAAGGGAAACGGACUCCCCUCCAUGACUGACUGACUGACUGACUGACGAGGACAGAGCGCACUUGGGAGUCGUUCCUCCUGCAGCCCACCUGUGAUGCUUACCUGUGGAUUUUCACUUUGAAUAAAUAAAUUGAGCCGUGCCCACUG